UCUCUCUCUCUCUCUCUCUCUCUCUCUCUCUCUCUCUCUCUCUCUCUCUCUCUCUCUCUCUUUCAGUCUUCAUUCUCUCCACUACUUUUUUAAGCCUAGUCUAGUUAUUGUCAUCCAUUGUUUCAAUUUUUUACUGCUUCACACUCCACCAUGACUAUGGUCCCUACUAUCGACUUUAACAAUAUAAUAAAACAUCCACUCAUAAAGGCUACAGAGUAUUCAGAGGUUUAUGGAGGCACCCUGAUCACACCUGCGCAGACCUCCACUGCAUCUGUCCACACCACCCUGUCAUCCACAUCCACAUCCACCCCACCUGCCAACGCCUCAUCAGACGAUCCAGAAUACAAACCCGUUGUCCUAAAGUGUUGUCGCCAUGCUGCAGACUUUCGCGACCUGUUGCAUGCCUUUAGCAAAUUGCGCGAUGUACCUCAGGCACCUAACCUUGUUGUCUUCAUCGGCGCUGCACGCGAACAUCCCUCUGCCUCCUCAUCCACCCUCAAUUCACCCAGGAACGAAACCAAUAGUAGAAAUAACCACGGUAGUUGGUCCAGAAGAACAAGUUCUUUUGGCCUAGUGACAAACACCAUCUCCACCCUCUCUCUUUCUUCAAACACUACUACUCCUGCCUCCCCACAACGCGUUGCUGCGCGGGAUUGGAUCGUGACUAAACCCGCGGCUCAUGGAACGCUGCACGAAUAUCUAAAAUCUCCUCAGGGAAAAGCGUUAGACUGGAUGGAUAAGGUUCGCCUGAUUCGAGGGGUUGCUAGCGGAUUGCUGCAUCUGCAUGAGCGCGGGCUCUUGCACAUGAACUUGCAUAGCGACAACGUCCUAGUCGAAAAGGGCCCUACUGGCCCUAUCGCUGUCCUUACAGAUUUCGGCCAAAUCUCGCGUUCCACACGCGGACCAGAGCCCGUUACAGACCCAAGUUCUGCAUCAUUACCAGUCACCUCUCCUAAAUCCGGAACUAGAUGGAUCCAUUCAGGAGGUGUUUAUGAAAAGGGUCUCAUCUACACCGCUCCAGAGCGACGGGCCAAUCCAGAAUUGAACCCAUGUACAACUGCAUCCGAUAUUUAUUCUUUUGGUGUCAUCAUGCUAGAGAUCCUGACCGGCCAUCGAUCCCUCGCUAGUCAAUUCCUGACCUCAUCCUCUGCCUCAACAGAGAAUUCUCUUCAGUUUCGCGAGAGAGCAGCAGCAGCCUCAGGAAGAUCUUCACCAAUCCCGACCCUCUCAACAUCACAAGGAACAUUAGCACUACCUGCAGCAUUAGAGUCACUUAUCCGAAAGAUAUGCUCGCGUGAUCCUGCUCAACGGCCCGGUUUGUUAGUUAUUCGAUCACAACUGAAAGAAAUGGCCAACACAUCCUUUGAUCUACAUGUGCGUGAGCCUAUUAGCAAAGGAACGACCGGUAUUCAGUUGAAUGCCAAAAAGCCCAUCUCACUGAUCUCAGUCGUCACCACACCCUCUGUCAUUGCAGAGUCUAGUACGCCGACCCUUGAAAACAAUGGUUAUAGUUCAAGAUCACUGAUUGAGCCACUGACACCAAAGUCACCUAAUCAAAUUAAGAAACGCACAUCAAUCCUUCGCAAAGCACUCGACAUGUCUCUCAAUUCACCUCCAGCAUCGCCAAAACGUAAAGCACUCCAUAUCUGGGAAGCAGCAGCCAAGGGUGACACCAAGAGCAUCAACUCAUUACUCUCUCAAGGUAUCUCUGUCAAUCAGCGAGACCCUCUCACGGACCAUACACCAUUAAUUGCUGCUGUGACUGAUAUAGAGAACCCACAGCAGGUCCCUAGUAUCCCAGCUCUGGAGCUCUUGAUCAACCGUGGCGCAGAAAUCAAUGCAUUCGAUCAAAAGACGAAACAGACAAUCCUCCAUCAUCUCUGCUCGCGACCUAACCCACCACCACCUGCUGUGCUCCAGUUCUUACUAGAUCGAGGAGCUAACCCGAAUGCAGUCAGCUCUGCCCGUCAAACACCGCUACAUUAUUUGGCCGAAAGAGCAAAGUCAUCACCUUUGGAAUCCAUGCGCCUACUAUUGGACUCUGGAGCUGAUCUAGAUGCAAAGGGACCAGUCAUGUGGACAGCUCUUCACUUGUUAAGUGCGAGCGAGAAACCCCAUUUGGAUGCCAUGAUGCUGCUCUUGACCCGCGGAAUCGAUGUGAAUGCGCGGGAUAACAAUCAGUGGACGGCUCUGCAUUUUGUAGCGCACUAUAACCAGGACCCUGCAGCAGCACUCAAGAUAUUGGUCGAUGCUGGAGCGGAUGUGAACGCACUAACGAAACGACAUGAAGGCGUGAUCCAAAUCUUACUCAAGAGUAAGAGCAUUGAUCGACUAGCAGCCGUGGACUUGACAACAUUCGAGAACACGCCAUCAUCAUCUACAGCCAACCGUAAUGGAUUACCUGCUGCAGCUAGCUCAGGACUAGCCAUGCUUGGGCAAUUUGGAGGCCACAAUCGAAGAAUGUCUACAAUCUCUACCUUAUCUUCAGGCAGCUCAUCCAAUGGACAAAACCUGACCAGAAAUAGCACUGUUGUUGACAAUAACGAAUCUUUAUCUUCUACCCAACCAGAGUUGAUGAAUUCAGGAAAUAUAAUUUUGACAUCCGAAGAGGAAGCCAAGGAAGAAACCCUCAAGAAACUAGCAGAGUUGAUACGAUGGCUAGUUGUGGACUGUGGCGUUCAAUUGGAAACCACUCUGGAGUAUGAUGAUCCAUACCCACCAGCCCAUCCCAAGAAUCAGCAUGUACUUUUCCAAGCCAUCCGAUUGGGAAUGCGACCAAUUGUGGCAGUGCUGCUAGAGAUAAGUCUAGUGAUGAGUGAGGCAUAUGUUCUUGAUGAUGCUCUUCAGUUGAUUGAAGAGAUGUUGAGCGCACUCAAUUCGGCAGCUCAUCCGCAUGGUCAGAGUCAGAGUCAGUAUAGUGAAAGCGACAUGGCAACAACACGUUCCUCCUUCGAGUCAACUUGCUCAUCUGCCUCGACUUUUCUCUCACGCCAUAGGCGGGACAGCGUCAUCAGUAAUAGCGCGAGCACUGUGUUAUCUUUGUCGAAUAGUCCUCAAAAGAAAAGUAUCAAUGUUAAUCUCAGCAAUGGAGGUGGUGGCAGUAGCGGUGGCAGCAGCAGCAAUGCUGUUACACCAAAAUCGAUUGCUAUAGCAGCUGCAUCCAUUAGUCGAAUCCAGGAAAUCGGGUCAUUGCUCAAAGUUUGGAGAUUUGGAGAACAGCGUGAACAGUUGAUCGAUUCUGUGAAGGCUCGUCUAGCACGGUCGAACCGCCGAAGGCGAUCUGGGAAGGGUGGACGUAGUAGUGGUGAUGAUGAUAGUAGUACCGCUGGUGGGAAUAGUAGUCCCGUAUCGUCCAUGGCAUCCGAGCGUGAAAUAUUGCAGCGAAGUACUACCAUGUAGAAAUUGUAAAAUAUAUAAUUUUUAUUUUUUAGAAGCUUUUUUUUCUAUUAUCUUUUUUAUUUUAUUAUUUUUAUUUUAUUUUAAUUCAAGUCCC